AUGUCGAAGCGGCCGGGCCAAGACGAAGCCGCGGCGGGCGGCGCCCUCAAAGACCGCGAGCGCCCCGAGCAGAUGGACGUCGACGACAACAAGGACAUGGGCGAAUUCGCCGACGAGUUCGAAGAUGAGUUUGAGAGCGAGGACGAGAUCAUGGAGGCCGGUGUCGAUGGGCGUCCUGACGCCGAGCGCGAAGCCGAAGAGAAAAACGCCAUGAGCGUAGACCAAGGCACCUUCAUCAUCGGCCGCCACAAGCUCGAACCAGGCCAAGUCCUCGCCCCCGACCCAACCGCCUACGAAAUGCUCCACUCCCUCAGCACCCCCUGGCCCUGCCUCUCCUUCGACAUAGUCCGCGACCACCUCGGCGACAACCGCAAGGUCUACCCAGCGACGAUGUACACCGUGGCCGGCACGCAAGCCGAGUCCUCCCGCUCGCGCGAGAACCAGCUCAUGGUGAUGAAGCUCAGCGGCCUCGGGCGCAUGGAGCGCGAAGGCGAAGAUUCGGACGACGAGGGCGAUGACGACGACGAUGAGGAUUCAGAUCCUAUCCUCGAGAGCAAGACUAUCCCGCUCAACUCGACGUCGAACCGCAUCCGCGCGUGGCAGCCCAACAGCGGUGCGACUGCGACGGGCACGAUGCCACAGACGUUAACGGCCGUGAUGACGGAAUCUUCCGACGUGUACAUCCACGACGUAACCGCCCACCUCUCCUCCUUCGACAACCCCGGCCUCGUCAUCUCCCCCCUCCAAAACCAACCGCAAUACACCGUCCGCUCCCACAAAUCCGAAGGCUACGCCCUCGACUGGUCCCCGCAAUCCACCUCCGACGCGCGCCUCCUGACGGGCGACAACGACGGCCUCAUCUACCUCACCUCCUCGACCAACGGCUCCUGGGCCACCGACGCGAAGCCCUUCAGGGGCCAUAACAGCAGCGUAGAGGAGAUCCAGUGGAGUCCCUCCGAGGCGUCGGUGUUCGCCUCUGCGUCGAGCGACGGCACGAUUCGCGUCUGGGACGUGCGGAGCAAGAGUCGGAAACCAGCUAUUACGGUCCAGGUGAGCGGGACGGACGUAAACGUCAUGUCCUGGUCGAGGCAGACGACGCAUCUCCUUGCCUCGGGCGCGGACGAUGGCGUUUGGGCCGUGUGGGAUCUGAGGCAGUGGAAGAGCGGGAGCGGAAAGCCGAGUCCGUUGGCGAGCUUCGAUUAUCACAAGGAGCAGGUCACGAGCGUCGAGUGGCACCCCACGGAUGAUAGCGUUAUUGCCGUCGCGGCGGGCGAUAAUACCGUUACGUUGUGGGAUCUUGCUGUCGAGUUGGAUGAUGAGGAGAGUAAGGAUACGGCGGGCGUGCCGGAUAUCCCUCCGCAGCUACUCUUUGUGCAUUAUCAUAAUGAGGUUAGGGAGUUGCAUUGGCAUCCUCAGAUUGUGGGGAGCCUUGUGGCGACGGGUGAGCAGUUUAGCGUCUUUAGGACGAUUAGCGUGUAA